UACAACAACAAUUCCGCAGUGUUCUCUUCGGUUCGGAUUUUUUUUCUCAUGUGCCUACUGUGCAAUUAAACAAUUUCGCCCGCUUACAGACAGCUGUAAGAUAAUAAGAGCACAAUUGUUAAUUACUGACCAAAAAAGGCCUCGCCAAUGAAUGCAGCAUUUUAAGUGUGUGUUUCUUUCAAUUGCUAAAAACCAUAAAAAAACGCCGAGAAGGUCAGAAAAAUGUACACAGGCGCAUACCUGCGCCCGUGUGUGUGUGUGUUUCCGUAUGUGUACGUGUGCGUGUGAGUGCGCAGAAAGUUAUACAGCUGUCAUCGACUUGCGUAUUUAUCAAUAAAUAAUACUGUGAUUAACGGAAAACUUCAGUUACUGGCUCCGUGCGCACACAUUUCCGUAUUCCCGGCAAUUCCCGGCCGUUAAGCAGGCGUACAAUCCUCGUGCCCGGACUGCAGGACUCUCAGGACUUCGCAGGACCUACGUAAAUGCCACGGGCAGAGAUUCGAGGAGAAGAAGCCACUGACGACAGGCCUGUCAAGUGCAGCAGGAGUCCCGAGUGAUACGCAAUAGGUGGGCCACCCCCCCAUCUUUUAUCCACCUGGAAAUCAAGCGGAAUCCAAGCAGGACACCGGAUAAUCCGCAGAAUCAGGCCACAGAACACUUGCAGCCGCGGUGGCGAACACACGGCGGCUGGGCAGCUGGGAUUCCUAGGAAAACAGGAGAGGCAACAGUUUAUUCGACGAAUUCGAAUGGCAUUUGUUUGUUUCGAUAGCUCGUUGCCGCGUUGCAUGCCACCAAACGAAAAAAGAUGAACAAUGAACAAGCGCCGUCAUUAUCGGACACACCGGCGGAUCGUGUGGGAUCUGGAGGAGCAGCUGGCAAGCUGCCCACGAUCAUACCGGACACGCCCAUCGUCUCGAUUGCCGCUGGCACGAUGAGCGAGAGCACGACCACGACCACCGUCACCAAAACGACGCCGACACCGUUCCCGCAGGAGCAGCUCAUGACCAUGAUGUCGGACCAUGUCGCGCAGCUGGAUGUGGGGAUUGCCGGCCUUGACGAGGCCUCCGCCAGUCAGGAGGUCAAAGAUAACAGCCAGAGUGCUCCAGCAGUAGCUACCAACCACGUAGCCACCACCAGCAGCAGAGGCAGCGACCCCAAGAAGUCAUCAUCCCCUAGUAAUAGCCAUAGCUCUACUAACCACGCUGCAGCGCCAGAGGCAGGAGCCGCAGCAGGAGACGGAGCAGGAGACUCACCCUUCUCGCAGGUCUUCGCCAUGUUGUCGGAUUCGCCCAGUGCGGAACUGUCGCGACCAAACCGCAGAGUCCUCCAGUACGGGGCCACUGCCAAGGGCAAGACCCAGGACGAUCAGAAUGUCGGCAAGCGACAGAAGAAGAAAAAGACAAAAUACGAUUCCUGGGAAGACAGCGACUUCAAUGAUAUCGACGACGCAUCAUUGAAGAAACUUCUCGAGGAAGCCUACUGGUAUCGAAAUCCUGGCGACAGGAAGAACAAGAGCGAGCGAUUUCUGCAAAUGCUCAAAAAGGCUGAGUACGACGAGGAGAUCUCUUAUCGUGCCAUUAAAUCCUGCCUGACACUCAACCCAUCCGCACUAGCGUCCAGUGCAGCGGUAGCAGGCUCGAGCGGCGGCGGCGGAAGCGGCAGCAGUGCAGGGCACAACAGCAGCUAUAACUCCACCAAUCACCGGUCCACGGAUCCCGGCCAGCGGCACAAGCAGGGCGGCUCCCUGCAGGAUCUCGUCGAGGCGGCGCACCGCAGUGAGCUGGCCACCACCUCGGCGGCGGCGGCUGCAGCGACGGCGGCGACAACGGCAGCAACCCAACGUUUCAACUGUGAUUACCAGCUGAGUGGGCGCUUAAAUCGCCGCCAGCAGCUGCAGCAGCACAACCAAAACGCCACCUCCUCCGCCUCCAAGAAGAUCAAGAACUCAUUCGUCUCGGGCCGGCAGCGCGAAGGAGGCAGCCUGCCCAGCAGCGUUAACUUUGAGCCGGCUGCUGUCAUGGAUGCCAAGCAGCACAAGCAGCAGGCUCAGCUUUCAGAGGCUGCAGGGGGAUCUGGAUCUGGAUCUGGAGGUAGCUACAAAAACAAGCACCAUCAUCGCAGCAGCACCGGCAGCUGCAGCAGCCUGCCCAGCCAUCUGAGCGAUCGCGACCCGGAGGCGGGCAUCCAGUUCGACAUGGAUGAGGACGAGGCGACGGGUGCCGUCAUUAGCGGCGUCCAACACGACUACCUGUUGGAGCAAUUGGAGCCACAGAACCCCUCGAUGACGUUCCUGCUCGACACUCUCAGCGGCCAGCAGAAGCAGCCGGCGGAGGCCAGGGAUGCCGGUGCCUGUGCCGGUGGCGGUCCCGGUGCCGGUCCCGGUGCCGCCAAGGAGUUCCUAAUCGACGAUCCACUGCACUUCUCCGUCCUGGAGAUGUCCGCCAGGAGCCAGCAGGCUCACUAUCUGGCCGCCCUCACUGGACAAUUCGGGCUCGGCCUGGAGGAGCAAAAGCGCAAAGUGGAGGCCGGCUAUGUGUCUCUCAACGACAACUACACGGCUUGCUCCUCAGUUUACGGCGGCGGUGCUGGUUCGCCAGCUGCCAUCGAGGGCAGCAAGCCCUCAACCUCGUCCUCGACCUCGUCCGGCGGCAGCAACUGCGGCGCCUCCUCCUCCGAAGCGCUCUCCGGCGAUCUGCGUCCCGCUAAGAUUGGACGCAUGGUCUCCGCGGCAGCGUCGGCGGCAGCUGCAUCGAUGGGUGGCAAGGCCACUACGCGCCAGCUGGACGAGAAUGGAAAUGCAUUGAGCGACGGCUACGGUGGCAAUGGAGCCAGUGGAGUAACCGCCACCAGCAGCAACGGCAAUGGGAACCAGUUCACGGCCCUGAUAACCACAACGGUGGGAGCCAGUGCAGUCACCUCGUCGACGCCCCACCGCCAGAACAGCGUCUCUACGCUGCUCUCCACGGGCACCAACACCGCGACCACGGCCAUGGCAGCGGCGGCGGUGGCAGCAUCGUACAGCCAGCUGCAGCAGGCACCGGGAGGCGGCGCAGUGGGGGCUGGAUCGGGAAUUGGCAUUGGCCUGCAGCAGCCCACCAAGCAGAAGGCGAAGAAGAAGUCGCAGCAGGAACGCAACACCACCACCGUGGACGUGGAGUCGGUGGCCGGCUAUCGGGGCAAUGAUCCCGUCGAGCAGCUGGUCAAGUACAUCGAGAACGAUGUGAACGGUGGCGGGAACGGGAACAGUGCGGCGGGUCAGCGCAAGAAGGAGCGCAAGAAGCAGAACAAGCUCAAAAAGAGCAACUCGCUGGAGGAGCUGCGCAGCUGCUCAAAAAUGGAGGUGGACGACCUGAAGCGCCAGUCGGCGACCACGGAGAUGAUGCGCCAGAAGAAGGGCACGAACAAUGCCUCGGCCUCUGGCGGGUCGUCGUCCUCGGCCUCCGGAUCCUCGGCCAGUGGCAAGCACAACUCGGCCUCCGUGGCGGACAUCAACAAGAACUGCAACAAGGAGCAGCAACAGCAGACGGUCCAGGUGCGCAACAGCAGUAAUCCGGGAGGAUCGCAGCAGCGGAAGGGCGAGCGACGAUCGUGGGGCACCGAAGAGUUGCAGUACCUGGGCGACCACCAGGAAAUGGCCGCCGCCUGGUCGGAGUCAGAGACUGUCGGCCAGAAGCAGCUGCCGCUGCCGUUGCCAGCUUUGGCGCGCAUGUCCGAGCUGGAUGCCCUGAAUACCGUGCUGUCGGAGACCGCCGAAUUCCAUGUGGUGACCAAGAAGAAGAAACCAAAGAAGCAGCGCGCCGUAACUAUGGACGAUGCGGCGGUGGCGGCGGCUGCCAGCACGGGCGGCAAUCUGCAACGCAUGCAGCAGAUCACGAAGUCGGCCUCCUCCAACAUGAUGUCCCAGCGGAUGCAUUACUACACUCCUUAUGGGAGCAACAGCAACAACAACAACAAUGGUGGCAGCAGCAACUAUAAGCAGCAGCAGCAACAGCAGCAGCAGCAACAAUACCAGGAGCACUACCAGACGCAACCGGGGCAGCACCACCAUCAUCAUCAUCAUCAUCACCACUAUCAUCAUCAUCACGGCGGCUCGGCGGUGGCCAACCAGGUGGAUAGCUCGCGUCGCAAGUCGACGUCAUCGAUGCCGCCGUCCGAGAAGUCCGACUCCAGUGAUCUCGACUCGGUCCACUCGCUGCCCAUUCAGACGGGCAAGAAGAAGAGCCUGGGCGGUGGAAACAAUAAGCAGCGGGCGGCGCAGGCUGCCAGUCAGCGCCAGUCCAAGCAGAACAACAUUUCGCCAGCCCCCAUUUCGUAUGCGGAUAUUGCCCGCAACAAGCAGGAGGCCCUCAACAAUGCCACGGCCAGCGACACGGAGUUGGAGCUGGGCGACAAGUUCCAGGGCAAGAAUGGCAGCAAGUCCAAGUCGCGGCCCGACUUUCCAGAGCUGCCAGGCGCUACUACGCCAGCGGCUGCGGCCGGAAAUGCCUCCCAGUCAGCAGUGGUUAGCAUCCAAAAUACGGCGCCGUCCUCGUCCAGUUCGAUCAGCUACUCGCAGAGCCUGAAUGCCACGCCCGCCAGCAGCAGCAGCGAUGCGGAGGCCACCAACUCGCCGGAGCUGCAGGCACAGACGCAGUCGCAGGUGCAGGUGCAGUUGCCCGCCAGCGGAUUGGCCACGCCCACCCUAACGGCGGCCACGAGCAGCACUGCCAGCAGUUUCGCCGCCAGCACCUCUUCCACAUCAUCCUCCACGACGCCGGCUCUGCAGAAGUCCAAGAGCGUGGAGCACGAUGCCAGCUACAGCUGCAACAGCAGCAACCUGGACCAGCAGUAUCCGGCGCUGGAGAAGACCGUCAAGCGGCACAGCACCAACAACGUGUCGGUGGCCGCCGCAGCAUCCAGCUCGGCGUCGACCGCCUCUUCGUUGUACAAUUUCGCAGCAGCAGCCAAGCAGCAGCUGGCGGAAAAAGCCUCCUCGGCCACAUCGCCGCCAGCAGCAGCAGCAACAACUACCUCAACCGCGGUCACAGUCGCAGUCACAGUCGCAGCCGCAGCUCCUCUAGCUGCCACUGCAGCUACAGUUCCUGGUUCGUCCUCAUCCUCAUCCUCAGCUCAAGCUCCAAGUCAAGCUUCGACUACAUCCCCUGCUAUAGCUUUAUCCUCGUUUAAGGCCAAGACCAAGCCAAAGGAGCUAUCUCCGAGCAGCAGCGGCAGCAAGAAGCCAACGAAGCCUAGUCAAGAGGAGCCAUCAGUCAGUCUGUCCACCACGCCCAAGGCGAGCACCAGCAUCAGCACCACCACCACGCAGAAGACCACGGCUGCCACGCAGACCGAGGGGGCCAAGAAGUUGAUCGGCGGCAUCCACAAGCUGACCAGCAGUAGCUGCAUUGCCAAGGGAGCUGGUGCCGUUUUGGAAACCACAGGCGGGCGACGCGCCGUGAUCAUACUGAACGAUGAUCGUGAAGCUGGCAGGAGCAACAAUGAGUUUAUCUUUGGCGACUUCAAUGAGGAUGAACUGAAGCUCUUCGACGACAACUUGGAGGAUGACGAGGAGCAGGACCAGCACAAGCAGGCCUCGAAUAAGCAGCAGCAAACGGAUGUGGAAUCGGAUGCGGGCCAAGAUGAAACCGAGGACCAGGACCAAGAGCUGGAUAGCGAAGUGGAAAACCAAGGAAAACAACCAGAGAAGCGGCAGCAGGAUGUAAGCGGCAGCAGUGACCAGCAGCUAAACGAUUCGGGAGCCGCUUCUGAUGCUGUCAAUAGCUCGACCAGCCUGGACAUGCUCUCGAUUUCCGCGGAGGCGGCACAGUCAUCCCCGAAUGCCGGGGCAACCGCUACCUCAUCGAGCGCCGCCAGUCUCAUCAACUCGUCCACGCCCUCAGGGUCGUCGUCCGCCUCGGCAAGCACCUCGACCUCAUCGUCCUCGGUCUCGAUAUCGUCCUCUUCCGGCGGCAACGGCAACGGAAACGGCGCCGCUUGCUUGGCAUCCAUUUCGGGUAUGCUUGGAGGAGUGGCCAAUCAGUCGGGGGACAGCGGCAUCUACGCAGCCGCCAAUACGUCCAUCAAGGAGCACGUUAACAAUUUCCUGAGCAAGGCCAGCAGCAGCGAGGAGACGCUGCUGAGCGCCACCUCCAUAUCGAUGCAGCAGCUAGAGACGUGCAACGACAUCGAGGCGGCCAUCAUAGCCGCCGCCCGUGCCGCUGCCGCUGCGCGGAGCACCAGCUGCAGUCGUAGCAACUCGCAGGAGCAGGAGCCCAUGCCUUCGCAGUCGCAGGCCAGGACCAAAACGAAUCCCAAUCCCAAUGCCAAUCCGGAGGCAAAGGUGGCUCUUCCCGUGUUUAUGACCUACAACGACGACGACGAGGAGGACGACGAGAGCCUGCAGGAACUGAGCUUCAUGGCCGACCUUAAAGGAGAUGCGGGCACGACGCCCGCGGAGACGGAGGAGGUUAUUGUGCUGCCGCCACAGACCUCGCGUCCAGCGAUGAUGACCAACACGGAACUGAUUGUCGACUAUAUCGCCAACACCUGGAAUGCCAUUGCCAAUAGCAAGUAUGUAACCUACUAUAACGAGCAGGAGCAGGAGACCUAGGAACCACCCGAAUCAGCAGUCGCUGCAGCAUCAGCGACAUCUCCCCAACAUCAGCAACAUCAUCGGCAACAGCAGCAGCAACAUCAACAGGAGCAACACCAAUCGGAAUAGCUACGUCAGCAAUACCGGCAGUAAUUUAACGAGAGCAUCCAACAUCGGCUGAAAACUGAAGAGGAGUUUAGUUCGAAUUGCAUGUUCUGAUGUUUAAAUAUUCUUUUUUUUUUUACUUUGUGCUGGGUCAUCGUUUAUACAUCUACCGAUAUCGUACAUACACUAUAAAUAAUUGCUAUAACAAUACGCUUUUAUGCUAAUUAAUGUAACGAAUCGAUAGAGUAACUAUUGAUUACAAUUUAUAGGAAACAGAGCUGUCCGAUGAGGUCAGGAUUGUCCAGGUGUGAGUGGGGUGAUUGUGUUUCCAGGGUGAGUGCGAGCGAGUGCCUGGGAUUAGGGAUAUAGGAUUUAUUCGGAUGCAGGUCGAGAAUGUAGGGGCGUGGUCCCGGUUCAGCAAGCCUAAUCGGUAAUCCAUCGCCAGGAGAGGAUCGAAACGAGGGAUUUUGAACGAUAACAAGAACCCGUGCGAACAGCUGUGAAUACGAUGGAAAACAUAACUAAGAAAGUGAACUUAAGAGCGAAAGGAAUAAGGAAUCGGAAUUAGAGGACAGAUAAUAAGUGGAUAUUUAUUUACCAAUAGUUGACAGCGAUUUAACCGUUUUUUCGCCACGAGAUGCGAUGCAUAGUGAUGUUUAAUCGAGCAUUUUGAUCUGCUUUUGUUAAUUUACAACCUUCUGGCUCCAUAAAACGCAACGUUUUACUAUUACUAUUACCAUACUAUUACUCUACUUUAAUUAUUAUUACUAUUAUUACGCAACCGUUUUUUUUGUCUUUGUUUUUUAAAACGCCCGGCCAUUGGGGGCGUGAUAUUGCAAAUGCAGAAAAAAACUAAUCCUAGUUCUUAGACAGAGUCAACGUCGCGUGUACAUAUAAGCCCAGAAGUUGAGGAGGCAGUUCGACCAUUGAGUUUAUGUAAGAGAGAUAGAGGGAGAGAGUUAGAAAGCCCAACGGAAAAUAUUUGAUAUGUGUGUGUAUGAUAACGACUAUUUAAAGUAAACUAUGUAAGGCCCGCUCCUUAGCUCCGGCUAGCCAUAAAUAAGCCUCAUGAGGAAAGUAUGUUAAACAGAAUAACCGCAAACCGCAAAACCACAAAAACCAGCAGAAACACUAAAAACAAUUAUGCACUUACGAAAAAUGCCGCCGUUUAGCAGGGAGAGCCUCAGAAGGUUGCUCCGAGGGUAAAAGAAACGUAGUUAUCGUAACCAUUAAAGCAGAAAAUCUAAAAAAAAAUACAAAACAAAACAAAAAAACAGUAGAGGAUGAAAUGAUUUGGAGGCGGAGAAACAAAAUAAACGUUAAGUGAACUCGUAGCAUAAAGAGCGCAACUAAAUUGCUAUAUCUAGGAAUAUACAUUAUAUACGCGCAUCUAUUAACGUAACUUUUUUUUGAUAAUACGAAGCGUUAAUCGUUUAAAUCGAUUAAGCGCGAGCAGGAAACAGUUUAGUCUAAACAAAUGUCAGAGAAUGAUAACAAUACAGAAUUGAAAUUAUCUAAAAAGCUAAAUGAGGAAGUCUAUUUAAAGCUAAUCAUUAAAGAACCAGAUCUGGAAUGCCUACUCUGUAAGACCGAAUAAACAGAACAAACAGUGCGAAAUGUUUUCAAAUAUGUGUGAAACUGUUUUGCUUCAAUUGGAAUUUAAUGUGCUGUAUAUUUUGAGAAUAAACGUAAAGUAAAAUGCCGACUAAA